AUGGACUGGGUGACUAACGGGACUGGUAUUGUGAAGAAGCUUUCCUCCAUCAAAGAAGACGAGGAGGGAUCUGAGGAGGCUCAACACUCGCCCCUCCCCAAAAUGCCCCGUUCCCCUCUGGGAUGGGGGCUGGGCUCGCCCCUGCGCUCCCCACUGCGCUCGCCCCUGCGUAGCCCCUCCCGCCCACCCACAGACCACCGCAGGCACAGCCCCACCACUCUCCAGAUUCCUGUGGUGAGCUUCAGUUGUGCCCCUCUGGACCUCAGUCCCAGGUUUGUGGAUGGCAUUGAAACAGACAGUGGUAGUAGUUUGGGCCAGAAGUUUGACUUCAGCCCCAGUGUGACCCAGAACAUCCCACCCAGCUCUAGUCCAGGUAGGCUGCAUUCAUAA